AUGACCGGUCCCCAAAUACAGGCGCGCACGGCCCCGCCGUUCCUGGAAAGACAGGCGCGCACGGCCCCGCCGUUCCUGGAAGUAUCCCCCAACGGCAUGAUGACCGGUCCCCAGAGACAGGCGCGCACGGCCCCGUCGUUCCUGGCAGUAUCCCCCAACGGCAUGAUGACCGGUCCCCAGAGACAGGCGCGCACGGCCCCAUCGUUCCUGGCAGUAUCCCCCAACGGCAUGAUGACCGGUCCCCAGAGACAGGCGCGCACGGCCCCGCCGUUCCUGGAAGUAUCCCCCAACGGCAUGAUGACCGGUCCCCAGAGACAGGCGCGCACGGCCCCGCCGUUCCUGGAAGUAUCCCCCAACGGCAUGAUGACCGGUCCCCAGAGACAGGCGCGCACGGCCCCGCCGUUCCUGGAAGUAUCCCCCAACGGCAUGAUGACCGGUCCCCAGAGACAGGCGCGCACGGCCCCGCCGUUCCUGGAAGUAUCCCCCAACGGCAUGAUGACCGGUCCCCAGAGACAGGCGCGCACGGCCCCGCCGUUCCUGGAAGUAUCCCCCAACGGCAUGAUGACCGGUCCCCAGAGACAGGCGCGCACGGCCCCGCCGUUCCUGGCAGUAUCCCCCAACGGCAUGAUGACUGGUCCCCAGAGACAGGCGCGCACGGCCCCACCGUUCCUGGAAGUAUCCCCCAACGGCAUGAUGACUGGUCCCCAGAGACAGGCGCGCACGGCCCCGCCGUUCCUGGAAGUAUCCCCCAACGGCAUGAUGACUGGUCCCCAGAGACAGGCGCGCACGGCCCCGCCGUUCCUGGAAGUAUCCCCCAACAGCAUGAUGACUGGUCCCUGGAGACAGGCGCGCACGGCCCCGCCGUUCCUGGCAGUAUCCCCCAACAGCAUGAUGACCGGUCCCCAGAGACAGGCGCACAGGGCCCCGCCAUUCCUGGAAGUAUCCCCCAACGGCAUGAUGACCGGUCCCCAGAGACAGGCGCACAGGGCCCCGCCGUUCCUGGAAGUAUCCCCCAACGGCAUGAUGACUGGUCCCCGGAGACAGGCGCACAGGGCCCCGCCAUUCCUGGCAGUAUCCCCCAACGACAUGAUGACCGGUCCCCAGAGACAGGCGCACACGGCCCCGCCGUUCCUGGCAGUAUCCCCCAACGGCAUGAUGACCGGUCCCCGGAGACAGGCGCACACGGCCCCGCCGUUCCUGGCAGUAUCCCCCAACGACAUGAUGACCGGUCCCCAGAGACAGGCGCACACGGCCCCGCCGUUCCUGGCAGUAUCCCCCAACGACAUGAUGACCGGUCCCCAGAGACAGGCGCACACGGCCCCGCCGUUCCUGGCAGUAUCCCCCAACAGCAUGAUGACCGGUCCCCAGAGACAGGCGCACAGGGCCCCGCCGUUCCUGGAAGUAUCCCCCAACGACAUGACGACCGGUCCCCGGAGACAGGCGCGCACGGCCCCGCCGUUCCUGGCAGUAUCCCCCAACGGCAUGAUGACCGGUCCCCGGAGACAGGCGCGCACGGCCCCGCCGUUCCUGGCAGUAUCCCCCAACAGCAUGAUGACCGGUCCCCAGAGACAGGCGCACAGGGCCCCGCCGUUCCUGGAAGUAUCCCCCAACGACAUGACGACCGGUCCCCAGAGACAGGUGCGCACGGCCCCGCCGUUCCUGGCAGUAUCCCCCAACGGCAUGAUGACCGGUCCCCAGAGACAGGCGCACACGGCCCCGCCGUUCCUGGCAGUAUCCCCCAACUGCAUGAUGACCGGUCCCCAGAGACAGGCGCACACGGCCCCGCCGUUCCUGGCAGUAUCCCCCAACAGCAUGAUGACCGGUCCCCAGAGACAGGCGCGCACGGCCCCGCCGUUCCUGGCAGUAUCCCCCAACGGCAUGAUGACCGGUCCCCAGAGACAGGCGCACACGGCCCCGCCGUUCCUGGCAGUAUCCCCCAACUGCAUGAUGACCGGUCCCCAGAGACAGGCGCGCAUGGCCCCAUCGUUCCUGGCACCCGCCUACGUCACCCCGCCCCCCUCCCAUGUUCUCACCCGGCCCGCCUACGUCACCCCGCCCCCCUCCCAUGUUCUCACCCGGCCCGCCUACGUCACCCCGCCCCCCCAUGUUCUCACCCGGCCCGCCUACGUCACCCCGCCCCCCUCCCAUGUUCUCACCCGGCCAGCCUACGUCACCCCGCCCCCCUCCCAUGUUCUCACCCGGCCCGCCUACGUCACCCCGCCCCCCCAUGUUCUCACCCGGCCCGCCUACGUCACCCCGCCCCCCCAUCCCGCCUACGUCACCCCGCCCCCCUCCCAUGUUCUCACCCGGCCAGCCUACGUCACCCCGCCCCCCUCCCAUGUUCUCACCCGGCCAGCCUACGUCACCCCCGCCCCCCCAUGUUCUCACUCGGCCCCGCCUACCUACGUAGCCCCGCACACCCCCAGCCCCUGCCCCCCCUCAUUCUCACCCGGCCCCAGCUCCAUCACCUUGGCCACCUCCAGACCCCUCAAAGAUGCCCUGCUUCACCCCAGCAACCGGCAGCCACACCCCCGAUAUGUGGCCCGAUGGAUGACCUCGCCAGAGAGUGGCCACCCGGGGCCCUCUCUCUGA